GGUUCCGGUUCUGCGAAUCCCGGCGAGAAUUCAACCGGUGUGAAGCACGAGAAGGAGUCGAUUGCCUUGCCUCCUCUGCCGCUUUCGCUUCUCGAUUCCAUCGGAUCAACUGAUUUCUUCUCAACAGAGCAUGUGGUUCGAGUAAGACUCUUCCCUCAUGUCGAAGGAAAUUAUGCCUUGCACGUUUACAUCCCUGUUUUUAUACCUCUAUUGCCGAAGAAGGAGAUUGUAUGUUUUCUAAAGAAGGUUGCAUCAUUUGUUCCUAAUCUUCAUCUAGUGGAUUCUGAUGUUCCACUCAGAAGCUUGAGCAUACCUUGGGGAGAGAGUUCAACA